GUGAGUACCGGAAGUGCCGCCGUUAGGCCCGGGCGGGAAGCGAGGCCUCCCCGGGGCAACAUGGCGUGGUGGGGGCAGGAACCGGUGACCUUCGAAGACGUCGCCGUCUAUUUGAGCCACGCAGAGUGGGAGGCCCUUGAGGAGGAGCAGAGGGAGCUGUACCGCAGCGUCAUGCUGGACAACUACGGGCUCUUGUCGUCCCUGGGUUACCCAGGCCCCAAACCUGACGUUUUACUCCGGCUGGAGCGUGGGGAAGAGCCGUGGGUCUCCGCACCCCUGAGCCCAGUGAGGGGGGACGGACAGGACAGCCCUUCUCCAGGUGAGGAGGACAGGAGGUGGCUGGAGGAACCUUCUUCAGGCUGGUGGCCUGGUGCAGGGGAGCAUUUGCCAGAGGAGAGGACAGAGACCCCCCAUGAAGCAGGAGGACAGCGCACGCAGUGGCGUCUCCGGUCCAGAAGGCUGUGGAACAAGUUCAAGUGUCUCGGGGAGGGGAGCCAGUUGCCGGCCAAGGUGGCCAGCAGAGGAGUGGAGCCAGUGGAAAGCCAAGCCCAGACACAAACAGCCUCGUGGCCUGGGGAGGGCGGAGAACUGGAGAAUGAACAAGGGGUGACGGCAAACGUCAGCCAAAGCGGAGGAUUCCCGCUUCAUCCGGCGACGGAACAGCAGAAGGAAAGGUCAGAUCCUCAGGAACACCUGCAGGGUGAGGACAGGGAGGGAUUUCACAGGGGCAGCCCCAAAAGUCCAUGCGCCUUUUCCCAGAGAAAUUCGGAACUGUCUCUGGAGGAGCUGAUCGUGGUGGUUUGGAGGGACCACUCUUACUCUGUGCCUAGCGAGGCGCAGCUCUUGUGGUGCGCCCGCCGUCCCCUGAGGGAGCACAGCUACUGCAGGCAGGACGAGGACAAUGUCUGGAUGCUUAAAGACCACGAUUACUUUCACUUGCGGAGGAUUCAUUACGAGCACAGAGUUCAUAACGUCGUCGGUCACGCUCGCAGAGCCCGUUCGGUCCCUCGCCGCAUGAUGGUGCGAAAAUCCCGCAUCGGGCGACUCGUCAGGAAAGCCAGGAGGAUUUUGUGGCAUUACAGGCCUUGGGUCAACAAAAAACUGGAGUUCCCUCUGGGUUCCCUCGACACUGACCAUAUUUCGGAACCCGAGGCCCUUCUUUCCGAGGCAGAAGACAACCACACAGAGGGAAGGUGUGGGGUGUGUUCUUCUCCUGCAAACCAGGAGGUUGCGUCCCCCCGACCUCGGAGGGAGAGAAGCUCCCGAGGGGCGACGUCAGAAGGGUUUUUCCCUCCUGGGGUGUCUUCUGUGGCCACCUCCCAACCCACAAACGUGGCUGUGGAAGUGAAGAGGAAAGGUAUGCACACCAAGGCCUACAUCAACUGCGAGGCAGAGCUGAUCCAGACCUUGAACGUCAAGGGGAAUGUGAAAGCAGAUGAAAGCAAUUAUCUGAAUUACGAAUCGAUGCGGAAUGCCUAUAAAAUGGUCAUCCAGAGCGUCGACCACAUGCUGGACUCCGUUCUCCAGAACUUGGAGCUGGCCCACUACUCAGGGAGUAAGGAUCUGUGGCCCCUCGCCGUUCCCAUCGACGGCUGAGCCGUGGCGGUGGCCAUGCUGGGCUCCAUCCAGAUGAAGGCUCAGGACCUUCUUUCCUGCAGGGAAAAAAAUCCCUCCCUGGAGCCAUCGGAGGGAAGAAACAGCUUGGGGAGGCGGGUGAGCGGGUGUAAAACUCGUUAUUCAGCACCUGCUGGGCAAACUGGGAUCAUCUGGGAGGCUUGGGGGGAAAGCCCAAAGGAAAAAAGGCAGGAUGGGGGUGGAUAAGAGGAAACACAGGAAGGUGGAACGUGAAGGACGGGCAGCCAGUCAGUAGCUUGUCUGGCCGAGCUGAUAGCUGCAGUCUUUCCUAAUUAAAGUAUUUUAAAUUAUUGUCCAUGUUGUCGCACUCACUGGUCUGUCCCACCCGCAGGCAGGCUGCUCUGGGAGUUUUCCCACUAUUAAUUUAAGCAAAGUGAAGGGAGAAAGAUUUUGAGGCUACAAAAUUAAAGGGGGACCUCGUUUCUUGAUGAGAAUGUGCAGUUGCCACUUAGGAAAGCAGCUGGUGAUGUACCA